AUGGCGCUGGACACGCUGGCCUUCCAAGAGGCGGACGCCGAGACGUUUCAGCAGCUCGAGAAGACGCUGUUCGCAGCACCGAGAGCGCGAGACGAGACGCUCAUGAAGUUCACGAACAGGAUCCGCUCGGAACAGAAGGAGCUGGUCAGGCUGCUACCGAACGCGCUCAACGAGACGGCCAUGGGCUUCCUGCUGCUUCGAGGGGCCGGCUUGGCCAAGACGGAGCGCAACCAAGUGCUCAUCCAGACGGGCUACGACUACGACGUGAACAAGCUCGUAGCGAUCCUGAAGCGCAUGACGGGCGACAACGCGGUCACGGAGAAGACUUCGACUACCAGAACGGCUUCCUACUUGGCGGGAAUUCGGGAAGAGGAGCCGCAGGAGGCUACUGAAGACAAGGACGAGGACAACCCCAUCUACGACGCGAUGGCGAACCUGCUGGGCAUAGACGACGACAAGGAGCCAGACGACAAGCUCGAGAGCGGCGAGGCUCUCACGGAGGCCGAGGCGCUGGACUGCCUGGCGGCGCUGGUCGGGCCACCACCAAAGCCCAGGACAUGGGGUGAAGCUCGGAAGAUCGUAGCCGACAAGAAGACGAACAGAGGGUUCCACAACAUCGAGAACAAGGUCAGGGCGACGGGCGGCUUCUUCGCGAUGACGGUGCUCCAGGACGACGAGGUGUGCAGCUACGUGGCGACGGAGGCGAAGAUGGCGGCGAGAUCCAACGUGGUGGAGCACGUCACGCUGGCGAUCGACAUCGGGAAGUCUGGCAGACCAGGCUGGGGUGCGGUCGACACGGCAUGCGGCUUCAACAUGAUGGGCCUGGUCACCUUCGACGCCUGGGCCAAGCGCUACAAGGACGUGCACAGCAUCACGCUGGAGACGGUGCCCUGCCACAAGAAGUACAGGUUCGGGAACGACCAGGUCUGCACGGCGACGGAGGGCGUGUUCAUUCCGAUCAUGCUGGGCCACUUCAGCGGGGUGAUCUUCGCGUGCCUGGUCAAGGGCGCGGCGCCGCUACUGCUCUCCAAGGCAUUCGUCGUGGAGCUGAAGGCGUCACUACACGCGUUCCAGUCGGAGUUGGACCUGCCAGAGCAGAACGUCAGACUUCCUCUGGCCCAUGCUGGAGGUGAGCACUUCCUGGUGCAGCUCGACAACUUCGUGCGCCCGUGGAAGAAGCCUGAGAGCUGGACUCUGUGCUCGAGGGAGGUUUCGAUGGACUUCGGGGCGAGCUCGGAGUACAUCCAUCUAUCAUCUACGUCUGGUAACAAAGACCUCGAGAGGCCACCAACGACUGCGGGUCAGGCGGAGGCCACAGAGGCCGCGGCGAAGCCUGUGAAUCCCCAGAAGGACCCGAAGGUGAGGGACAACCCAGAGAGGGGGAAGGUUUUUCAGUGGCCGUGGCACGAGAUAGACAACCGACCGAGACCGCCAACGGGGGCAAUGAUCUGCAGGUUCUUGGACAUCCCCAACCAGGGCCCCUGUCCACCAAAGGGCAACCCGAGGCAGGCUCGAGAUCACGAUCCAGCUCGAGAGACGGCGUGCGUUCGCGAGUUCACGGGCCACGGCGGCAACGGUCGAGCGUUCUGGGUGCAGUGCUGCGGCUGCAAGAUGCACCUCGGGCACUGCCCACAGUCAGCUCCAGGGAUGAUGAAGGUCAUCAACAUGCUCAACGACUUCAAGGACGACGAGGCGAGGAUCAAGGGAUGGAAGCCCGGAACGACCAAGACCAGCAGCAAGAAGAAUGAGACCGAGGCGAGACCAACAGCGACCAACGGGACAGCAUCGACAAGCCCGAGGACCACUUCCAGAACCAAUCCGAUGCACCAGGACAACCGGUGUCAGAAGGACGAGCUGGAGGAGGAGACCGAGGACUGGGAGCAGCUGGGCGAGCCCCCACGGAGCAAGGCCUUGACAGCGCUGCGCGAGCUACUACAGAAGCUCAGCGACAAGCAGAACAGCAUGAUCAACACGUCCAUUAAGCAGAUCAGCGACUUCGAGGACCUGACUCAGGCAGUGGAGGCCGCGAUCUCCGAGAGCAGCGCCUUCGUGAAUCAGGUCAACCUCAACUUCGAACCCGAGCUGGACCACCUCAAGGAGGACGAUCGAGCGGAAAGGAGCUUGACCAACAAGGAGAUCGUGACGCUCAUGGGCUCCCAUCUGCUGACGAGGAUGGGACAGCGAGAAGUGUGGAGCAAGCUUCAACACUCAGCAUCUCUCGUGGUAGUUACCAAUCCUCCGAAGGACAUCUACAACACCAAGUUAAAGGAGAAGGUCGGCAAGGAGAUGCCGACGUUUAUCUCCGACGUGGCGAUCAAGCAGGCCGUCAACGGCAGGUACUUCUACUACGAGCAGGACAUGAACUCCAGGGACUGGGGGGAUCCCCUCAUCAAGAAGCUCAAGCGUCUACCCGACAUCGGCGAGGACGGAGCGCUUCGGAAGGGCCGCAAGUACUUCUCCAAUCUACCCAAUGAGGCCACCGAGUACGCCAAGUUGUUGAGCCAGGAGCUCGUGAAUCGACCACCUCACACCGCCCUCGGGGACAUUGACGACUCCCUACAGGAGCUGGUUGGGGCGCUAGUUCGGACGAUCAUCAAGAUGAAGACCACGAAGGAGCCUGGGGAGCAGAUCGAGGAGCAGAACGACCAGAAUAAUGGGACCAGACCCAAUUCCCACAAACAAGCGCAUCGUCAACAGGUUCACAAGAUCCAUGAGAGCAUGGGCCACUGCAGCAACGAGAACCUGGUCAUGGUGCUGAAGUACGGCAAGGCCAGACAGGCCUUCGUUGAGGCGGCGCAGAAGCUCGAGUGCCCGAGCUGCGAGGCGAACAGGAGGCCGAAGCUCGCGAAGCCCUCCAAAGCUCCGACUACCUACCAGUUCAACGAUGUCAUCGGCAUGGACAUCUUCUUCGUGUUGGGACCCGAGAACACCACCAAGGUGCCCAUGCUGAACAUUGUCUGCCGCGGUACUGGACAUCAAGUUGCGAUACCUCUACCGAGUCAGCAUGGCCUUCAGAUACGACGUCAUUACCGCGCAUUCUGGAAGCGUGUCUACGGGGUGCCACGCAUGAUAGUCAUUGAUGGCGAGAAAGGCGUCUCUGCAGGUGGGUUUCCAGAAGCUGCUGAAGGAGAUGGUUCCGAGAUCAAGGUGACGAGUGCUACUUCACCAUGGCAGGCGGGCAAGACCGAACGCGCUGGAGGCACCUGGAAGGAGACCUUCUACCGAACCAGGCAGAAGUUCAACACUAACAACUGGGAAGACUUCUACGAGCUCGUGGAUGCGGUCAACGUGGCGAUGGGCGAGAGCGUUCGCAGAGGAGGCUUUACACCUUAUCAGAGAAUUUUCGGACGACCAUUUCGACUUCCUGAGAAGAUCCUAGAAGAAGGACCACCAAGAUUGUCAACGGUCUCCAGAGCGAUGAACGGUGACACCGAGUUGGCCAGGAGCAUCGACAUGCGCAAGGCCGCCAUGGCUGCCAACAUCGAGGCCGAGUGUUCAGAGAACCAGGAGAUCGGUGUUAUUCCUGGCGAAGCAGUACUGACAAGCUGCCAACCAGUUCCUGGCAUGGACCUGCACGUCGCAGCCUGGGAGCAGAUCGACAACGCCAUGAAGAAGGAGCUGAACACCAAGAACAGAGGAGCGGCCUCGCAGCCGCCCAUCACAGAGAUCGAGAAGGCCGCGGAUGUCAACCCAGGGCUGAUUCCCAUGGCCACCAAGUACUACGACCAUCUAGACGACGUGCCGUUUACGAUCAAGCAGAACGUCGACAAUCCGACCUCAGCCAUGCCAGUCAGCGAGCGGAUUGCCGUCAUCGAAGAUAAGAUCAACAAGGAGGCGGAGGCGCCACCCAAGAAGAAGGUCAAGAAAGUGAAGGCACCAGUCGUCAGCUCAGCCAUGCUCACCAACACAAAUCAACGACUUCGUAAGGAGAUCACCGAGAAGUCGCUUCUGAACACCUACAAGUACCAGCCCUACAUCGCAGCUGAGCGCAGAGAGUGGGGCAACAUCAAGAAUGCAAAAGCAAUUCGACUACUUCCACCUGCUGAAGCCGCUGAAGUACGUCAAGAUCCCGAUCGAGCUUCCAGGAUCAUGGGCUCUCGUUGGGUGCUUGCCGACAUGGGCGGCAAUCCUGAGGAGGUCGACGCUAGCAAGCGGCAGUUGAUGUUCCUGAGCGACGGCACUUGGAGGAUGGCAGAGGCUCGCUGGACCGUUCAAGGACACGCCGACCCCGACCUGCUCUAUCUCGAGACCUACAGCCCAGUCGUCGGCAAGGACUCCAUGUUCCUGAUCUUGCAAAUCCUGUGCUCUAACAAGUGGAUCUUGCAGCUAGCGGACAUCACUUCGGCUGUUACCGCUGGAGAUCCACUCGAUCGAUCUCAAGGCAGUCUUUAUGUGGAGCUACCUCGCACUGGGAUUCCUAAUGUGGAGGGCGGUUCGCUGGUGGAGUUACUCGAGGCAGUGUAUGGCCUAGGCGAUGCCCCACUACAAUGGCUAUCAGCUUUCACCAAGUACGCCAAGGAGAUCGGCUUCCAGUGCUCUAUGUUCGACAGCUGCGUCUUCUACUUGAGAGACGAGAAGGGACUUCACGGCAUCAUGGGCCUCACUGUGGACGACAUCGUGGGUGGUGGAGACGUUCUAUUCGACACUGCCUGUCAGAAGCUACGAGGAAGGUUUCCUUUCGGAGCGUGGCGCCACAAGAGCGGGAAGUACACCGGUAAGGAGCUACAGCAGAACGAGGACAACACCGAGAUCACGAUAUCACAAAGCUUCAGUUCGAGCAGCAUCCAGCUAAUCAACAUAGCCACUGAACGAAAGAUGCCCAACCUGGUGGUGGACGACUUGCUGGAGGCGAACCGCAUCGGCAGGAUGACCAAGGAAUUCAGCUCGGUGAUUCUCAGGAUCAAGCACAUCCCAUUUCACGAGAUGGCUUUUGCAGUUUUCAAUGACGCGGCCUGGCCAAAUGCCAGAGAUGGAGCUUCACAGGCUGGAUGCAUCGUGUUCGCCACACAACGCAAUAUUCUCAAAGGUGAGCCCGCCAUCAUCUCGAUCCAGUCCUGGAAGAGUCACAAACUUAAGAGGAAGUGUGCUCACCAGUUCGGUGCCGAGACGCUGGCGAUUUCAGAAGGAAUGGCGAUGGCAGAGUUCAUUCGCACCAUGUUGCUCGAGAUUAUGGACAGCGAGUUCGACCUGAUGAGGCCCUACAUGCUAGCAUCUAAGUUUCCAGUGAUCAUCGUCACCGACUCCCACGUGACCAAUCCCAAGACAGGCUUGGCCGAGGACAAGCGCGCCGCCAUCGACGGAGCCAUCGUUCGAGCAGCCAUGCAACGACCAGAAGUUCACCUUCGGUGGAUCGAGGGCACCAGACACCUCACCGAUCCACUCACCAAGCGUAAGGGCGAGAGCGCCCUACUACGACAAGCUCUACAUGACGGAGAAUACGGCAUCACCGCAGACAGCAUCGUGCUUCGCCGACGGUGCAAGGACAGAGUUCGACGCCAGAAAAAGGAGCCAACCAAUUUCGCCGUGACCAACUGCUGCUUCUCUGGGCCCCACCUCUACGGAAUGGACUGUACGGGCACUUUAGGUGCCACCAGCAACGUGGACGAUCUCAACUACGAGCCCGAAGCCUACAAGCGCCUCAGGGAAGCCCAGCAGAUCUUCCGAGAGAGGCCCGAGGCUAGCCGCUUGAACCAG